AUGGGCUUCUCGACACCUUCACUGAGAGGAUUAUGCAAAGUCGUUUCGCUUUAUCAGUUGAGAUCCGUGGUAAUAGACGUGAAGGGAAAGAAUAUAAGUAGCCGACAAAGAAUGAUGGCGAUGAGCGUCAGUGAGGAGUCCGGCAACCAGGGUAGUUCUGCCCGAGCUGGUAUUCAUAGUUACCACAGUCUUGGGGAUCCGAGGAAUUUUGAUUUGAAGCGUGUCCUUGUUUUGAGUAAGAUUAGCCAUUAUGAUUUCGAAAAGUUGCUAAAUCCCCACAUGACGGACGACGAACUUCACGAGAACUUGAAGAGACGUGGAACGAACGUCGACGGUUUGCAGCUGCGUCAUAACAUCCAUAGGGAUUGCACAAAUCUUGUUGUGGAGGCCUUCAGGAAGCGAGGAGUAGAUACCAGAGUCGUGGACAGGUUCUCUUAUAACCAAACUGCUAUAUCCUGGGCUGAUCUGGUGGUUAGCACUGGCGGUGAUGGGACAUUCCUGCUUGCAGCUAGUAAGAUACAAGACUGCAACAAACCGCUUGUUGGCGUCAACUCGGAACCCUCCAAAUCUGAGGGGCACCUGUGCUUGCCAAAGAAGUAUCGUGUUAAAAUUGCUCAAGCUGUGGACAAAAUUAUCCGAGGAAAGUUCCAGUGGAUGUUUCGGAAACGUAUUCGUGUCACCGUGAGUGGCAAGGACGUAAACUCGCCUCCUAUUGAGCUGCAUGCACAGCGUCUCAACUGCUACGAACUUCGAUUUUUUGAAGAUUUGCCAUAUUGUCUGGAACCAAUGAAGUUGGAUGAAUUAGAUUUGAAAACCGAUGAAGACGUCAGGGUCUUACCAGUGUUAGCUCUGAACGAGGUAUUCAUUGGAGAAAGCUUAUCAGCACGAGUUUCGUACUGCGAGUUGUCCAUUGACGAUGGGCAAUGGUUCAAGCAGAAAUCCUCGGGGUUCAUUUUCAGCACCGGGUCGGGUUCCACCUCGUGGACGUUCAAUAUUAGCAAGUUGAAUCAGCAAACCGUGAAGAGUUUGCUGAAAAUUAUCAGCGAAGAAGCCAAGCUAGACGUUGAUGCGGAAAGUUUGCAGACUAACCACGAGCUCAUUGAGCGGAUCACGGCCAGAUUCAACAAUGGAUUGAUAUUAACCCCUGAUCAACCUCACAUCGUAUACACUAUCCGAGACCCGAUAUCACCUGGAGUAUUACCGUCCUCGUCGGACAUUAAACCGCGUGAUUUGGCAGCGAAGGUAUUGGUGAAGUCCCGCUGCAUGGAUGCCUCGCUGGUGAUCGAUGGCGGGCUGUCGUUCAAGUUCAAUAACGGUACGAAGGCCAGACUCGAGUUGCUCGAUCAUGACGCUCUUCGCACUAUGGUACUCGACGAAUCUUCGGAAGACCUCAACGACGAGAUCACGGACAAUUCCAAAAUGGAGAACCGUCAGCAUUGUGUUUGUCAAGGUAGCGAGCACCACGGAAUUACUUUGAAGGAUUUGAAGUUGGGCGAGGCAUGUCUGAUACUUGAUGCAUCCGAAGCUCCUAUCUCUGAGAAAAUGAGUUUUUUAUCUCAGUCUCAAGAAUGCGAAGGGCUAUCAUUUUGGCCAGAGCGGUUGUUACCGUUUGAAAUUCAAUGCUACGCAAUGCGAUCAGAUUGCUUCUGUCGUGGAUCCGGUGAACAUUUACCUCCGUAA